AUGGAUAGUCGGUCGUCUCAGCCUGCGCGCUCGACCAGCGGCAGCACCUCGGUGCCUACGCCCCUGUUCCGCAGCAGCACCCACACCUCCCUCCCGCGACCACCACCAUCCUCUUCCACCUCCACCACCUCCUUCACCUCCUCCUCGUCGGCCAUCCCCGUACGGUCCUCCUCCUUCGCCUCGCUGCCCUCGUCCGCCGCCCAAAGCUCGUUGGGCCUGGCCGGCAUCCACUUCCCGCCGCCGCCGCGCGCCGCCAAGCCCCAGCCGGCCCACCCACACACCGCCGCAGCUGCCAGGCCCGCGCCGGCGCCGGCGCCCGUGCGCUCCAUCUCGCCGCCCAUGCCCCACCACGCGCUCCCCGCCCCGCUCCUGCCCAUCUCGGCCGCUCCGGCCUCGUCGCUGUCGUCAUCGGCGUCGUGCAUUCCCACCAUCAGCGCCAAGCCACCGCCGUCGUCGUCGCCGCCGCCGCGGCUGGUGGCGGUGCCCAGGUCGACCUCGGCGUCGGUGCUGACGUCAUCGGCGCCCGUCGCGGCGCACCACCACAGCACCGGCGCCGGCUGCGGGCCGGCGUUGAUGCGGGCAGUCUCCCUCUCCGCUCUCCCCGCCACGCCCGCCGCCGCUCCUCCGCCCGCCGACUUGACCUUCCUCUCGCACACGUCGUUCGCCGCCUUCACCGACUCGCCGUCCGCCUUCACCGCGUCGUCGUCGUCUCCAGCGCCGGCGCCGUCGCCCGUUCGGCUGUCAUCGUUCGUGAGUGGCGGCGGCGGCGGCGGCUACGGCGGAGCGUUCGGGCAGGGCCUGGCCUACGCGCAGGCGGCGGAGGAGAACGAGCGCGCGGGCGACGCCGAGCGCGCCCUCGCCCUCUACAUCCACGCCACCGAAUCCCUCUUCGCCGCUGGCUCCGAACUGGAGGACCUGGAGACGAAGAAGGUCCUGGAGCAAAAGCUGCCGGAGCUGAUUCACAAGGUGGAGGGUCUGCUGGCCCGCCAGCACCACCACUUGGCGCCGCCCGCCGCCUCCUCCCCACACCCGCAGCCGACCUCGCCCCAGGCCGCCCACCAGCCGCCCGCGCCCCAGCCCGCAGCGUCGCUCCUCCCCAAGCUGCCGCCGCCGCCCUCCUCCUCGUCCAACCGCGCGCCGUCGCCCAGCCGGCCCGCGCAGCCCGACCAACCCCAGCACCUGCGCCCGCACCAGCAGCACCACCAGCAGCGCCUGCUUAGCAUGUCGUGCUCGUCGGACGAGGACGAGUUCAAUCCGUUCCCGGCCUCGCCCCUCCUGGCGCCGGCCAACGACGCCGUUCAGCGCCAGCAGUCGGCGUUGGCCGCGGAGGCCGCGCAAAAGCGGGAGCGGGCGCGGCUGGCCGAGGCCCUGGGCCGCGGCUGGGGCCAGACGGUCGCCCGCCCGUCCGCCGAGGACCUGCUGUGCGGCUCGCCCCACAUGACCGCUGCCGCCGCCGCCGACUCGCCCGAUUUUGUCGACAAGGCCAAGGAGUCCAGGUCGUCGCCCCCCUCUGCGCUCGACGCUCGCGGCAGCGGCGGCGGCGGCGGUAAGGUGGCGUGCCCGAUAUGCGGCGACGAGUUCGUGGUGGCCGAGAUCGAGCGACACGCCACCGCCUGCCUCGACCGCAUGGAGCGACGCGACAAAGGGCGUCUGGGCAGCGGGUUCCUCAAUCCGUUGCCGAUGAUCAAGAGGAGCCUCUUCUUUUCGUCGUCGUCGUCGUCGGCUUCGGCCGCGUCAUCGAGGCCCGCGCCCGACGAGCUGGCCAAGGGCGGCGGCUGGGCCAGCGGCGAGGGCUCCUCGCUCCUCUGCGGCUCCUCGUCGUCCCUGGAAUGCGUCGACACAUUCUCGUCGUCGACGGAUUCAUCGACCGCUGCGUCGGCGUCGUCGUAUCCGUCGCUGCAGGCCCUGGAGCCGUCCGAGGCCCAGCGCUACGCCGGCGGCGGCCGCUCAAGUCGCGCCGCCUCGCCCCGACGCCCGCCCAGCCUCUCCAACAAGAAGACCAUCGGCACGGUGGUGGAGGCGACGUCGAGCAACUACGCGACGGUGACGUACCUGCGGCAGGGCAUCCGGCGCUCGGCCGAGUCCAUGUGCGACAAGAGCAGCGUCACCUACGACGACGCCCUGGCCGCCCACACCUACCCUCUGAUCGAGGCCAUCUCGUCGUCGACUUCGUCGUCGUCCUCGUCAUCGUCGUCGACCACGACCACGUCGGCUGAGGCUUCGUCACCGAUGACGUCAGCAUCGACAUCGAUCGGGUCGUCGUCGUCUUCGACGUCGGUCGCGGGCGGCGGCGGCGUGUCGACGCUGUCGACAGGGCCUGAAUUUGUGGACCACGCGCCGCUCGUGUUCCACCGCCUGCGCGCCCAUUUUGGCGUCACCGCCAGCGCCUACCUCGCGUCGAUGGGCGUGGGCGCGGUGGAAGGGGAGAGCUUUUCGACGAUCGUGUCGCCCGGCAAGAGCGGCUCGCACUUUUACUUCUCGCCCGACACCCGGUACGUCAUCAAGACCAUCAACGACGAGGAGUUCCAGUUCUUCCGCGACAACGUCUUCUCCUACUACGAGCACAUGGCGAGCAACCAGAACUCGCUGCUAACCCGAUUCUUCGCACUCUAUACUGUCCGAGCCAAGGCAUCAACGCACCACUUUGUGGUGAUGGAGAACCUGUUCCCGUGCGACCUGCCCGUACACGAGGCCUACGACCUCAAGGGCUCCAUGGCCGGCCGCUUCGCCUCCGAACAAGAGUUGAUGAACAAGGAGAUCGCGGUGUUGAAGGACAUCAACUUCCAGAAGAACCGCAAGCUGGUCAUCGGGCGCGAGAAGCGUCAGCUCUUCUUCCGGCAGCUCGAGAUGGACUGCCAGUGGCUCGAGUCCCACGGCGUCAUGGACUACAGCCUUCUCCUCCUCAUCCACAAGAACAGCUCCUCCUCGCCUCCAUCGUCGUCGUCGUCUUCGCUUUCGUCUUCGCUUUCUUCGUCGUCUUCGCUCUCGCCCGCCGCUUCGGCCUCGUCGUCGGCCUUCUCUGCGCUGUCGACACUGUGCGCGCCGACGUCGGCGACGGCCGCGGCCCCGGCGAAGAAGCCCCUUUAUCCGUCGCUCUUCGGCGGCGGCGGCGGCGGCGGCCAGGGUCUGUCGCCGCGGGAGAGCGCCAAGGCCGAGUCGGUGUUCCGGGUGGACAGGGGCGGGCUGGCCUCGACCGACGACUUCGACGAGGACCAAGGCGAGAUCUACUUCAUGGCCAUCAUCGACAUCCUGCAGCCCUACAACUGGCGUAAGCGACUGGAGAACACGUACAAGAAACUGUUCGAACACGAGGACGCCAUCUCAUGCGUGGACCCGAUCAAGUACAGCAAUCGAUUCGUGUCGUUCAUCAAAUUCCAGACACAGGGCUCUGCGCAGAAGGCCUGA